GCGUCACGUGACCGUGGGCGUAUCCUAGACGGCCGGAGACCGACACUGUCUACGACCAGUUCCUCAGUUCCGAACCGCCCUUGUCCCAUGGCGCCGGAGCCUCCCGAGUCAAUGUGAAGUGACGUCUGCUUCUGAUCCCAAGCCUGUGCUGUCAUCUCUGGGUGAACAGGGUCAGAUCCCCGCGCGUGGAGUUAAAGAAGCCCUGAUCCUUUAGGGGCUCUGUGGAGUUACACCCCAGGCCACCCCCACUUCCGAGUUCUAGCAGAUUCGCAGGAGCUUCAGAGAGUGGACCUACAGACAGGAGGAGUAUUUGGGUUUGGGGUCUCAGGGGAGGAGGAGGGCUCGGGCCUGGGGCCUCAGGUGGGGGCUGGCCUGGGCGCUCAAGGAGCCAGCCUGCUGGAAUCGCUCUGCCUUCCCUAUCAAGGGACUGAGGACACAGGCUCAUCUGUACCCCUGCCAUGGGGGCCCUGGGGACCCUCUUUUUGGCACUGGCUGCAGGCCUGAGCACUGCCAGCCCACCUAACAUCGUUCUGAUCUUUGCUGAUGACCUGGGCUAUGGGGACCUUGGCUCCUAUGGGCACCCCAGUUCUACAACCCCCAACCUGGAUCAGUUGGCUGAAGGGGGACUGCGGUUCACAGAUUUCUAUGUGCCUGUGUCUCUGUGCACACCAUCUCGGGCUGCCCUCCUGACUGGCCGGCUCCCAGUUCGAUCAGGCAUGUACCCUGGAGUUCUGGGGCCCAGUUCCCAAGGGGGCUUGCCCUUGGAGGAGGUGACUUUGGCCGAAGUCCUGGCUGCUCGAGGCUAUCUUACAGGGAUGGCUGGCAAGUGGCAUCUUGGAGUGGGGCCAGAGGGGGCCUUCCUGCCCCCACAUCAGGGCUUCCAUCGAUUCCUGGGCAUCCCAUACUCCCAUGACCAGGGCCCCUGUCAGAACCUAACCUGCUUCCCACCAGACAUCCCCUGCAGUGGUGGCUGUGACCAAGGCCUAGUUCCCAUCCCACUGCUAGCCAACCUGACUGUGGAGGCCCAGCCCCCUUGGCUGCCUGGAUUGGAGGCCCGGUAUGUGUCUUUCGCCCGAGACCUCAUGGCUGAUGCCCAGCGCCAGGGCCGACCAUUCUUCCUGUACUACGCUUCCCACCACACCCACUACCCUCAGUUCAGUGGACAAAGCUUCACCAAGCGCUCAGGUCGUGGGCCAUUUGGGGACUCCCUGAUGGAGCUGGAUGGAGCUGUAGGGGCCUUGAUGACAGCCGUGGGGGACCUAGGUCUGCUGGGAGAGACACUGGUCAUCUUCACUGCAGAUAACGGUCCUGAAUUGAUGCGUAUGUCCGACGGCGGCUGCUCUGGUCUCUUGAGAUGUGGAAAAGGAACAACUUUUGAAGGCGGUGUCCGAGAACCUGCCCUGGUCUACUGGCCAGGUCACAUUAUUCCCGGGGUAACCCACGAACUAGCCAGCUCUCUGGACCUGCUGCCCACCCUGGCAGCCCUGACAGGGGCUCCACUGCCCAACAUCACCUUGGAUGGUGUUGACAUCAGCCCCUUGCUGCUAGGCACAGGCAAGAGCCCCCGGAAGUCUGUCUUCUUCUACCCGCCCUAUCCAGACGAAAUCCACGGAGUCUUCGCUGUUCGGAAUGGGAAAUACAAGGCUCAUUUCUUUACCCAGGGCUCCGCCCACAGCGACACCACUGCAGAUCCCGCCUGUCACGCUGCCAACCUUCUCACAGCUCAUGAACCCCCACUGCUCUAUGACUUGUCUACGGACCCUGGUGAGAACUACAAUCUUUUGGAAAGUAUAGAGGAGGUCUCCCCAGAAGUUCUCCAGGCUUUGAAACACAUCCAGAUGCUCAAGGCCCAGUAUGAUGCAGCAAUGACCUUCAGCCCCAGCCAGAUAGCCAAGGGUGAGGACCCUGCCCUGCAGAUCUGCUGUCAGCCCAGCUGCUCCCCCCACCCAGCCUGCUGCCGCUGCCCAGACUCCCAGUCCUGAGGGGACUGGAGAAAUCACAGGGGUCCCUCAAGGGUAGCCCAGGACCCCUAACCCCUGUCCUCCGUGUGUGGUGAUUCGCCAGAGGGACAGGGACAAGUGUGUAGUUUGUAUCUGGUAAUGUAAUAACAUCAGCUGAGACAUGCAGGCGUGCUAAUUCA